GGACUCUUUUAAAAGGGACCUCGAGGCUAUGCCAGAACCCCAGUUGCAGUUUCUUCCCUUCCCUUCUCUCCGUCUAGCUUUCGCUUUCUCUUUACUCUUUCUCUUUCUGUUUCUCUCGCUGCUUUUUUGAUUUGGCUGGGCCCUGAGUCUGCAAAUCCAGCAAACCUCCCACCUGGGUUUGUGAUUAUUAAAUCUUAACUCAGAAGCGAACCCCCUUCCUUCCCAUCACUGAGGCCAUCAAAAGCCCCAGUCCUCUGUGUUGCGUCUCAGUGGUUGUGUUCUUUCUUUCCUUUUUUUGUCUGAAAGGAUUUUCAGGAUGUCUGCGAGUUUGGACGACGCCGAGUUUUGGCUACCACCUGAGUUUCUCACCGAAGACGACUUGGCCACUGACAAGAAUAAUAACUGCAAGAGCGAAGGUAAUGGGUUCAGCUCCGACACUGAGGCGACGAGGUCUUUGUUCCACUUCGAGUUCCCCUACGGGUUUGGCUCUUUUGGCACUUCGUCGGAUAUCGGUUCUCCGGUUGAGUCCGUUGUCAGUUCGAGUGAGACGGAGAGCGACGAGGAGGACUACGUCGCUGGGCUGACCCGCCAGUUGGCACACUCGACCCUGGCGGACGAUAUCAGGAAGUCAGGCUCUCCUUUUCCCUCUGAGAAUCCGAAGGCUUGGGUCGGUUCGCCACAGUCGACCCUGUGCGCGGUUGGGAGCGGAUGUGGUUGCAAACAGGGCUCGAGCCAUGGAAGCCCGAACUGUGCUUCUCAGGUCUCUUCCCAGCCUGCUACUUGGGAUCUGCUUUACGCUGCUGCAGGGGAGGUUGCUAGGAUGAGAAUGGACGAAGAGAUUUACGGACUUAACUAUGGCAGAGGUCUCUUGGGUCCCCUAAGAAAGCCCUCUACAGACGCCAUCUCCGUGAAGAACGACUCCAACGCUGAUGUUGGAAUUUUUCCUCACCAGUCGCUUUCCCACCAGCAGUUGCAAAUGCAAGCCAGUCAAUUUCAGCAGUUCAGAGAGCAACAAAUGUUGAAGCAACAUGGUUCGGCGGCCUGGGAUGCACAAUUGAAAGCGACUGCACGAUACCAACAGCGGCAGACCCAGCAAACGGUCCUGAACCGGGGCAGAAACAGCGAGUACGUUGGGGGCCGAAACGGUCGUCCUCUAGGUUUGUCAGUUUCUGCAUGGCCCCCCCUGCAGCCGGCUCAGCAAAAGCACCAGCAGCAGCGUCAGCAAAAUAACUCUGGCAUGAGAGCUGUAUUUCUUGGAACUCCUGGCGGUAAAAAGGAAUGCGCCGGUACCGGUGUGUUCCUGCCUCGCCGCGUUGAUUGUCCAUCUGAUACACGCCGAAAUCCAGGGUGUUCCACUGUCUUAGUUCCGGCAAGAGUGGUGCAGGCUCUGAACCUGAACUUGGAAGAUAUGUUGGGCUCGCAGCCCCAGCUCCAUCCUCGGUUUAGUGGGACUAUUACUCCAGACGGUGAUGCUGCACUAAGGCUUAGAAGCAACAGCGUCUUUUCUCAUCAGAAGCGAAAUCUCCGGCCGCAGCCAGAAGCUCUGAAUCAUGAGAUCCGGUUACCUCAGGAGUGGACCUAUUGAUCUCCUUUCGCAUCUGGGUCCCCUUAAUUUCGGCGUUUUUUUUUUUCUUGGGGAUGUUUUAGGAAAAGAAACAUGAAAGAAAUUGGAAGCCUUUUAGUACUUUUUUUUUUUUUUUUGCUAUAGGGAUAGUUGCAUUAAGACACAGGUCCAGAAAGAAGAAAGGGCAAGAAAUGGUGAUGAUGAAGAACAGGAAGAAUAGGGUUUUUUGGUUUAGGUUUAGAGGUAAUAAGUGUCUUGCUUUGCAGGAAAGUGAGCGAAUGCUCUAAAGCUUUUGUUCUUUUGGUGGUGGAUUAUAGGAGUCAUUUUGUAUUUUUGGGGAAAUAAGUUUGUGAGGGAUUCAUUGAAAAAUCAUGGAUUUUGGGGGGUAGGGGUGUUAAUAACCCUGCCUUUGGAUGGGGGGUUGUACCAUGUUUUGUUUGGUGUUUAAUUACAAUCCUUCUCUUUUCUAUUA